AUGUCUCACGCUCAUCCUGGUGAAAGGAGGUGGAAACGCCGAGGCAAUGACACCUGUCAGGUCUCAAGAAUCGAGCAACCAGAUCCGAUCUCUUCCCGUUGGCAUAUCUUCACAGCUAGCUCAAGCGAUGCUACAGUAUUUUCGAUCCCCCUUUGCAGCCUCUGGCAGCCGCGCCGAAUGUCAAAACUCGUCUGUGGCGGCGGUAAGCCUCAGUUUGACAGUUUGACAAACGGCAAGCGAUUCCGACGUCCUCGGCGUGAGAAAUGUCCCUUCUUCAUACGCCACACAUUCAAUGUGAGAUCUCAACAAGCUGGAUCGUACGAGAACAGACCUUAG